AUGGCCUCUCCAGUUGCAACUCUGCUCCUGCUGGGCAUCAUUUGCUUUUCUUUUGCAGCAGCUGAGGUUCCGGUGGACUGCUGUCUGCAAGCGAGCCCAAAACGUUUGCCCGCGAAAAACAUUGUGGCCUACACCAUACAGGAGGAAGGCAAAGGCUGCGACAUCAGUGCUACUGUGUUGAUCAACAAGUCUGGCAGGAAACUGUGUGCUGUCCACCCCAAAGGAAACCCUUGGGUGCAAAACGUCAUUAACGCAGUGGAAAAGAGAAAACAAGCUAAUCAGUAA